AUGUAGUCUAGUGUAGCCGGAGGCAAUGCCUUUCGUCUCCCUUUCGUUUUCCACCGCAUACCCUGCCUUCGGAGCGCACUUGCGCAAUAGCAGAGAGAGCUGCGGAAAGUCUCGCCGUCUCGUUUUCUCACCUCCUUUACAAGCAGUGAAGGAGGGGGGCGUGUGUGAGGAGGCGAGAGGGAAACCCAUGACUUCCGCGUUUUUCCUCCGUGUCUGAAACUGAGCGCACAAUAGGGCUAUGGCAGCCUACGCUAUAAAAAGCCACAAUGGUGCGUCCAGUCACAGCAUUCACCUCAAGACCCGGACUGGGCUGUGUGAUAUCCAGGACUAUCUUGUGGAGAUAAACCACCGAACAACUGGAGCUGCACAACUUUCAAAGCUUGAAUUUGAACCUUAAACUUUUCAUAGCCUGCGCUGAACCCAAAAUCUGGACGGUGUGAACUCUCUCCCCGAAGCUCAGACACUCUACUGCCUACUGAUGGGAAGCCAAAAUACUGAAAUGGACGUUGAGUCUCUGCAGAAGACGGACCGUCGGCGCGGAAGCUGCCUGGACGCUUUCUUCGUCAUGUCCAUCGUUUUUCUGUUCGUGGCGGUGACAGCUGUGGCCGCCGGCGGAAUGAUUGCUGUGAUGGACCUGCAGUCCAAACUGAAGUCCUCACCUCAAAACUUUAUGUCUGUGACCGGAGUCUCAUCGUUGACCGGACCUGACCCAAUGUACAAGAUGCAUAAAUUUGCCUACCUCGAAGCCAAGUCAAAUGAGUUGAAGAACUCCACCAUGCAGUGGACUCAAGUCCAAUACGGUGAAGGUGUGUCUCUGGGAAAAAACUAUGUGUUUGACCCAGAGCAGCAUUCGCUGAAGCCAGAACAGGCGGGGGCCUACUUCAUGUACGUUGAUCUCAACCUCACCUGCACCUAUAGGUGCGAAGCAGGCCUCCUCAGCGUGCAUGUGGGCAACAAGCUCACCUGCGAGGUGCAGCUUCCAGCCGUGUCAGAUUCAACACCAGUGACCAGGAAAUGCUGGACAGUGAGCAAGCUGGACGGGGAGAAACUGUUUACUCAGAUGACAGUACCUGAGGACGGACUACAGUACUGGAAACUGGAGCUGAACGGCUCAGGACUUGGGAUGUUCCUUGUGGACUAAUAUGGACAUUGUAGUGCUACUGUUGUCAUCAAGAUGCAAGUGUACUAGUGACCCGUGGGUCAUAUCAAAAGAGCAACACCAGUUUGUGUUUUCUUUGAGUCCGAGCAGGUGAAAAUGAGCAGGCACUGGUGCCAUUUUCAAAACCAAAGGUGAAAGAUGAUGAAGCUUAGCAGGAUUUUCAGAUGGAAUCUCGGGUGAAGUUGCAGUUAUGGUAAUUCAGACAGGCUAUGGAAAAGACUAGACACUCAUCUCGUUCUGUGUAAAUAUGAAUAUGUGUUACUCUGUAUGUGAUAUAUUUAUUUGGAGAUAUUGAGCUAUUUAUGUACUUAUAUUUAUAAUAAUGUUGCUAUUUUGUAUUUUCAUGUAGAUACCACUACAUUAGUGUUGAUGUGCAAUAUACUGCGCCUUUAAGCAGCCUACAUUGGGUUACAUGUGACUUUAUAGCUCUGCAUUUAUUUUAUAAAUAUCUUGGAGCAUAAGGUUUUUUAUAGUUCUGUUUUCCAAAACCCCAACAAGCACCUCAGGGAUCUCGUUUAGAGCGACUGUAGUUAAGCAGAGUCAUUUAAUCUCUUCUGGCAAAUGAUGAGUAUAGUAGUGAGUAAGACUAUGCACUCAAAAUAACAUUUGCAGAAAUAAGGACCAAAUGAUCGUACUGUAAUCAAAACAUGACCAGAAUUCCUAAAAUAUCUUUUGUAUAUGCACUGAAUUGACAAAAUGUUUUAUAAGUCCUAUGGACAAACUACACGUUGUUAAAUGUUUUUUUUUUUUUUUUUUAAUUGUAAUCCAUGUUAAACAUGGAUAAAAAACAGGGAUAUGGAGAACACGGAGUUCAUCAUCGUAUGAAAAGUAGAAAAUGACGAGUGUGAAAGUGAUUGCGACAAAGUUUCAAGUGGAAUAUAUGAAGAGUUUAUAGGUAAGGGAAAGUUCCCUGCUACGCAGUCUGUACCGGGAACUGGACGUCUACAUCACUUCCUGUUUAUUUACCAUACAGUGCAGUUUAGAAAAAAAUAAACUGCGUGGGCGUGCAAACAAAUGCAAAAAAAACUCAUACCUCCUGCAUUACACAAACCCAAGGUGUCAAGUGAAAAUAAAUAUAAUCUGUUAUUA